AUGCUUGGAAAUGCAUCACGUCUGCCGGUAUUCCACGCUAGAACGAUACCUCACCCUUCCCCACCACCUAUUGCGGAUAUUGUUCGAAGAGGCGUAUUUGGUGAGAUUGAAGGAGAGUCCAGACGACAUUCUGGCAUGCCUUACGUUAUGCAGAAACGAGAACACAAUAGCGUCAAGCGCACUUACACGCGUCGUGCCGCCAAGCGGGGGGGUAAGGGGGGAGGCAACGGUUGGGGAGCUCGAGGCAGCUGGGGAUCCAGCUCAGGCAAGAGCUGCGUCUCUUCCACCUCGCCUCUCCCGUCGGGCACCCGCGGCUCUCGUCCGACACUCGCCCACGGUAGUCAGCUUUUGGCAUCUCCUGCUGCAGCAGCAGCUUCCCAGUUUGACGUCAUCUCGCAGAACGACGGUGAAGGGCCAACCAGUGCCAGCGAACUUCCUGCGGCUCCAGUCCCUUCGUUGACUGGUUGGCUCGACUUCUCAGCCCGGCAUGCCUACCCUGCUUCAGAUCGCUUCUCUUCCUCCCCCCACGGUGCCUGCUUCCGUCAUCCAGCAUCGACGCAUAUCCUUGUUGCUAUCUGUGGGGAGCAGCUGCCGACGUUCUUCCCGUCAUCUUACGACUGGGCGACUGCUACCCUCGUGUUACUUCCGCGAUUGCUUACCUCUUCUAAAACUACUGCCGUGCCCUUUACCACGAUAACUUCCGCUUGCGAAAAUAUCUACUACUUUGUUCCAAAUUACCCAAAACCACAACCUUUCGAUCGACCUUCCGAAGACGAACCUACGUCUGCCAACGUGGUAGAAAUCGAAGCUGCAGACAGCUAUUGCGACUACGUUUCCCGGACCGAAAUAACGCCACCAAUUACGCAGGCGACACUUCUGAGCUACGCCACACCAAGACCUACCCAACACAAGGCUGUGUGUCUAGAUCCCGGCAACCUUCAACACAGACAGGCGGCGAAGCUACUUUCGAUAACCUCGAGCUCAACAUUUCCAGAGUCUUUAGUCUGUCGAACAUCAAUCACCGUCAGGAUGGGAGGAGUCGACAUGAGCCGCGACUACUACGCGGACCUGGAGCUCCCGGCAGACGCAGAUACGAAUGAGAUCAAGAAACAGUUUCGAAAGCUAGCACUCAAGUACCACCCCGACCGAAACCCAGGCAGAGAAGCCGAGGUCAACUCCCGAUUCCAGGUCAUUCAGUCAGCCCAUGAAAUUCUGACCGACCCUCAACAACGAGCCAAGUACGAUGCCGGGAGAACACGAUCGAGAUAUCCUACAGCAUCCGGAGUUCGAGGCAACCCCUGGCAGAAUGCCGGUGCCAACUUCCCUCCCCCACCUCGUCGUAAUGCGACAGCUCGCAAUCCGCCGCCGCCUCCGCCAGCCUCAGGAGCAAGUAGAUACCGCAACUUUGCUUCGGGUGCGGCUCCAACGGCUAAAGCGCAGACGAGAGACGACCCAGAAGCGAAGCGGAAUGCCUGGCAUGCUUUCGAGAAUAUGAAGGGUCGGGCCAGCCAGUCUCAGCCAAAGCCCGCCAAGGCCCCCGAGACUCCAAAGCGACCAGUUCCCCGGACUCCUUCUCAGAAACAGAGGGCGGAGGCUUCCUUUGGACGCAAACCUGGCUACACUCCUCACUCGCCCGUCCCUGCAGAUGAGCCUCCGGUGAACUCGUCCAACUACUCCACCUCAUCCCGGCACACCAACAUUUUCGCAGACAAUGCGCGAAGACAACAAGAGGCAGGAGUGCCAGACCCUCUGGCGCAAUUUAGGGACUCGGAUUCUCGCCAAAGCACUCCUUACAUGUCACAUGGCGGCGAGAAACUGAAUCCAUUUGAUGGCAUCUCUGUGGGACGGGCGAAAAGCACCCGGGAAAGCCCUCGACCACCUCAGGAUAGCUACGGCCCCAAUCUUUCGCCUGGCAGCGCUCGUCAACGCGCCCAGAGUGUCCCCCGUCAAGCAAGGACUGAGCCGUCGAGCCCGCGCACUUCGACUUCGACGCCGCAAGAGGACCGCCCUAACACGGCGGCUGCAACUGCGUCCAACUCGCCCAAGGACCCAUUCAGAUCCCGCGCAAGCGCAAGAUACACUCCACCUAAUACGGCCACCGGUCCUGGUCCGAACAAUGCGCAGGCGAAGGCCACUGCUUCUCAGAAUCCUAAUGGAGCGGGAAACAUCCACACGGCACAAGGAUCUUCAAUGUACGGAACAUCUUUUCCCCCAGGUUCUUUUCCUCCUUUUGCGGUCCCCAACCUGCGGCGCAAAUCAGCAGCCGAGGCUCGCACACAAUGUGCAACGCAGCAUCCGCUCCCUGAGCAGUCGAGCAACGCAGACCUGCAUGAUUCGCCGUCUCCUAGUGGAGAUAGGUCGAGGAGAGACUCACUCACACCAUUCGAGCGAAAGCAGGGCGAACUUCUGAGCAAGCUUGUGAAGAGACAGGCGCCAGACCUGACGCCGCUUUCUCGUGACAAGCGCUACACGAUUGGCACUCACCAUGAUGUUGCACCGAACCAAGCUGACAAGAAAAUUACCAAUAGCUUCAAUUUUCCGAUCGACGAUGACACCUUCGCCCGAACCGCCGCACCAGAGCAGCCAGCUUUCAGCCGCAGGAGCACCGAGGAAAUUGACACGAGCUUUGUAAACGGUGAUGGUCCAGAUGCUUGGAAAUUCAGCGCCGGUAGUCCGAUCCAGGACCAAGCGGCCAAGGUUCGUUCACAAUCCGGAAGCCGUGUAGGCCGUCGAUCACCGAUCAAGCGCCCCAGCUUGAGACACCAGAAGGACAUGUCGGGCCAGCCGGCAGGAUCACCUUCUGCGGAAGGAAAGUUUGAUGCGCAAGACUGGACCCAACAGAUUGGGGCCCAAAACUUUGUGCCACACAAGACGCACUCUACAUCAACGUCUCCUACCAGAAUUUCUCGAGUCAACUCUAGGAAGACCAAGGUUAAGCCGACGGCAGGGGGCAAUGCAGGACUGGUGAAUGAUGACUACGACAGUGACGAGGAGACCGAGUGGAGGGGGCGAAAGUCAAUGGCGGAGCCUGCUGGUGCAAACAGCCCGAAUGCUAUGGACAUCGACCCCCCGCAGACUGGGACUUCUCAAAAGCGAGAUCAUUCAAACAGCGCGAGAAACAUCCCUGUGGAACCAUCUCGUCCCGAAUGGAGGCCAGGCAAUGGCUUGCAAGAAAACGGCCCGAAGUUACCUGCGCGCAAGCCAGAAUUCAACCCGAACAAUGCCGGUUCUGAAGACAGCGAGGAGUUUAGAGCCAGCCUUGCUGACCUCAAGAACGUGGCGCCGUUCGCGCAAAACUCUUCUGGCCUAGGUUCUCUGAAUGAUCUCAAGACGAGUCUGCCGUUUGAGAGUCAGCCGUCAGGCCGCGCUCCGAUCGAAAAGGAGAAGAAGCCCUCGCUCGAUUUUCCGGUCAUCCCGCAAGCACCCCGACCCCCGCCUACUUUCGCGGUUAAUUUGAAGCCGACCGGCGGUGCCUGGCAGAAGUACACCCAGGACUUCCAGAGUUACGUUUUGAGAUGGGAGAUCUUCAACGCUCAAGUAAUUGAGCAUUUCAACGCUCGCAAGGCAAAUAUCGCCGAUCUCCGAGCUCGCAAGGGCUAUUCCUUCCUCGUCUCUCGCGGCGAUGAUGAGAUUCACGAAUAUCUUGAGUGGAUGGCACAAGAUAAGGAAGUUCGAAGGAAGUGGGCUGUCGCAUGCGAAGACCAUGAAGCACGCAUUCGUGAGUUCAUGGUAUACAAGGGCAAGAUGGCAUAA